AUAUUUGUCCCAUAUUAGGUUCCAAACUUACCCUACCACUACCAUUACCAUGGUUCUGUCAUUACACUACUGUGCUCUUGUUAUACUUCCCUUCCUCCUCCUCUCAAAUCAAGCCACCUCCACCUCUCACCACCACCACCACCACCACCACCACCAUCACCACAACGGACUCAAAUCCCUCCAUUUCGCACUAUUUCAACACGAAACCAUAAACAAAACUGGCUACAUCAUAGUGAAUGGAGUGGCAGGACCAGGCGUUAGCCAAACCACAACCCCCUUUGGCACCUUGUUUGCUUUCCAGGACCCGAUGACUCUCACACCCAACUCGACUUCCAAAGUAGUUGGGACAGCAGAAGGGACCUCCAUCACCACUGGACUUGAUGGGCUUCAGAGCAUCUCAAUUGCCAAGAUCACUCUCACUAUGAAGCGCCACAAAGGCUCCAUUUCCAUUGUCGGUGGCACGCACAACGUCAAGCCUUCUGAUCAUCCUGUCGUGGGAGGCACCGGGGACUUCUUGUUUGUUCAAGGCUAUGUCACAUCCUCUCCGGUGGAUCUUAAAGGCCUCACUGUUGUCUACAAGAUUGAGUUUCACCUCUACUGGCCUCCAUAUGCAAAACAAACUACUUCCUUUUAGGAGACUUGCUCAUGUACUAGUAUUUUUUUUUUCCUGACUUUGUUAUCUGUAUUUCAUUUAUGAAUGAGUAGAUAUAUCAUGAAAUAAUAUAAUACAAUUGCUCAGA